AUGCAUUCAAAUAGCAUCUACGAUCUUGAAUGGAAGGCGAAUGCGGGGCGCAUCCCAAGAAAGAGGGUAAUUAACGCCAAACGUUUCAUUUUUAGUCAUAAGGAGAAGACAUCAGGGAAAAACGUUUAUCGGGCUUCGUUAUUUUUUUUNNNNGAAGCACAGGCAAAGUUACAAGCUCAAUUGGAUAGUUCACAAGUUUCCAAGGAGGAAAUCGAAUCCAGUCAAGUAGGAGUGUCCGCUAAUACACCGGAAAAGAGACAACGACCCAAUUUCGGCUUCCACCUGUACCCAUCAAGUACCGUUCGUGAGAGCAAACGGGAGAGCUGA